AUGGCCGAAAAGCCCAAGAUGAUCAUUGGAGGUCCAGUGCCCUCCUGGCAGGCGAGCAUCCCAGGUCCUCAGUACAAUUACGACACCAACAGCUUCAAGAACAAGCAGCCGGUGUACUCCAUGCGCCCAAAGCCAGAGAUGGUCAUAGGUGGCGGCGUGCCUUCUUGGACCAAGUCCAUCCCGGGCCCCAUCUACAGCUACGACACGAACAGUUUCAAGGAGAAGCAGCCUGUUUACAGCAUCCGUGGAAGGGGCGACGAUGAUUUUGGCAACAAGAAUGCCAAAGAUGCCCCGCAGAUAUCGACAGAGCAGCUCAUGAAGGCCAUCGAUGCCACGCGGAAGAAGCCGCCGUCGUGGUCGGUGAAGUCCCGGCCUGCCAUGGUGCCCGGCGAUGCGGUGCCCUCCUGGGUGGCUUCCAUCCCAGGACCGAAGUAUCAAUACUCUGCGGAUGUCCACAAGAAGAAGCAGCCAGUUUUCUCCAUCGGAAAGAAGCUUCCCUCCGAGUCUGACCUGAUGAAAGUGCGCAGCCCUGGGCCCAUGAAGUACGAUGGCCCGGCCAUGGAGUCGAAGAAGCAGGAGAUGGUCGACAGCACCAGGAACAAGAGCUUCUCCUGCUCCUUCGGUGUCGGCCCUCGCUGGUCGGGUCCUACAUCGGAGAUGGUGAUGACGGGAGCUUUGGCGCGCUACGACCGGCCGGUGUUCUGA